ACAAGUUACUGGAGGGAGAUGUUGUAGUUUUCCACAAAGUCAUGCCUUCAAAAUUUAAGCAGAAGUUACUGCAUACGAAAGCUCAAGUAACGGGAAACUGCAACCUAUUCAGUGGAAACUAUGCAUGGAAAUGUUAAGGAGAACACCAUAGCCUGUUAUACCAAGUAUGGUCAAAUAUCAGACCACAAUCAAAUUGAUAGGGAAGUUCUUCAUUUGGAAGUUCCGGAUGCAAUAAGGGUUUCAGAGUCUGUUAUCCCUUUCGAAGAAGUGAGCUGCUUUGAAAACUUUAUGGUCACAGUCGGUGGUUCAAUCAUAAAUGCUGAGAUCUCCAAACACCAUUUGAUCAAGUACUAUGAGCUCUGCCGCAGUCAAAACUCAUUUCUUCAUGAGCACAUUCUUGAGCCUCUUAACUCCAAUUUGGUUGCCGGAGUUAUUUCAGAAACAGUAAAUCUAUCAGAUGUCAUUAGAGCCGGCAAGAUUACUACUUCAGAGUGUGAUUUUUUGACUUGGGAUAAGACUUUGCAAGCAUCUGAGAUCUUGGACAUGAAUGUUGGAUUCUUGCGUGCCCGGCUGGACAAGCUUGCAAGCCUUGCUUCAAAAUCAAAACUGAAUAGAGAGGCUAUACUUGCAAGAGACCAAGCAGUAAAAGAUUUGAUAACCCUGGAAGCAAAGUUUUUAAGAGCCAAAGAGGUUAUAAAUAGGCUCCACCUUGAGAUUGAGACUCUAAAUACAAGUUCAGAGAACCUUGAGGCUAUGUUCAAAGAAGUGGCAAAGGCCCCUUGGUGAUGACAACAUCAAUGCAUUUUUCCUUUCCCGUACAUUCUGGAUCAUUGAAGUUCUACAACUGCAGAUGUGCCAAAGGUACGAUGAAGAAACACUUUAUGUCAUGAGAAUUCAACUUUUGUUGGAGAUGUUAGUUGACGAGUAGGAGAGUCCUUUUGCAGAUAUUUUGGGGUAACAUGAAGCAGGGAGGAUUAUUCGACCUUCUAGUUCUGCCUUUGUCAUUUCCAGCUAAUAUUGGAAAAUGAUGUAACUAAUAGCCAAACAAUAACAUCCCCUUUUAGGGGGUGAAAUUGACAUCCUCUUUUUUACAAAUCGUAUAGGGCAUUGCUCCGGCACCCAACUCUCUUGUACAUUGCUUGAAGGCGAAAAUAUGCAAGAGAAGUUUGAGGGUCUUCAACGAUCUCGAGUAGUUUCCUCCGAAAACGA